AUGUGGCUGCCAGGACUUCAAUGUGUCCUGAUCCUCUUGGCGGCGACUCUAGCAGCGGGGCAAGGUCCCUGUACCUGCCAGUGCUCACCACCUGGGAUGGAAAUACUGACUGGUGGUAACAUAUACCAAGGUAGCUCUGGCAGAAGCCAAAUAUUUGAAGGUAGAAGCUUGUAUUCACCACCGGGAAUUACCAGCUACGUAUCAUCACCGAAAUGGCCAAGUUCCCUACCACCAUCGACUACCGGUUACUUACCUCCAUCAUGGGCAAGUUACUCACCACCAACAACGACUGAUUUAUUAACUCCACCAUUGUCCAGUUACUCACCACCAACCACUACCAGUUACUUAACUCCACCAUGGUCAAGUUCCCUACCACCAUCGACUACUGGUUACUUACCCCCAUCAUGGUCAAGUUCCCUACCGCCAUCAACUACCGGUUACUUACCCCCAUCAUGGCCAAGUUACUCACCACCAACAACGUCCGGUUUCUUAAAUCCACCAUUGUCCAGUUACUCACCACCAACGACUACCAGUUACUUAACUCCACCGUGGUCAAGUUCCCUACCACCACCGACUACCGUUAUUCCACCUACACCAGCACCUCCACCCCCACCCAUGUUUAUUCCACCGCUUCCACAUUCCUGUCCGGGAAACUUACUCUCACCUCCACCAAUAUUCACUCCACCACCACCAAAUUCCUGCCCGGGAAAGUAA